AUGCAGUUUACGGCAACAACAACCCUCGCCCUCAUGACCGGCCUCGCAGCCGCGUACGACCCCAACCCGUUCGUCGAACCGCUGCAGCCGUGGAAGAUAACACGGUUCACGAUCGCCUUGCCGCCGUCAUCGGCGGGCACGAACGGGUACGCGACGAUCAAGCUCGCGAUCGAGAACCCGAACCAGGUGUCCGCGGGGCCGGCCCCGUUCGCCGACGGCGGCGGGUACUUCCCGUUCCCGCCCAGCGCGGCGAACUGCACGAUGACGGGCCACGACACGGCGGACGCCGUGACUUCGGGCGCGCGCUGCACCGAGACGACGCAGGACACGUACGGCCAGUUCGAGGUCCAGGUCGUGGAUAACGGGGACAACGACAACGGCGCCGGCGUCCUCGACCCGAAUAACCUGCAGCUGCAGUUCGGGCUGACGUAUAACGUUACGCAGUGGAACGCGCACUGGUAUAAGACGUACGAUGGUACUGCGCGCUUCGCGCUGAAUGAUAAUUUGGUGCUGGGCCAGUGCGCGGAUCAUAAUAAGUUCUGCUCGUACGAGCUUGAUCCUAACAAGGCGCCGCUGCUGGUUACGCCUACGAUGACGGAUUGCGCGGGGACUUGCUCGAACGAUCCUUAG